CCGUUCCAUCGCUCCCCCCCAUCGUUCAUCAUGAAGCUCGUCAGGUGAGUGUCAUUUCAUUAGUCCCUGCCCCGCCAUCGAUGUUCCAUCCUAAUCUCUCGCUUCAAACACGAGAUUUAUCCCUUUUUUUUCUACUUUCUGGCGGGCGAACGACGACGUUACUGACAAACUACCUUCUAAUCCUAUAAUCAGGUUUUUGAUGAAAUUGAACAAUGAAACGGUGACCAUCGAGCUCAAGAACGGGUCUGUCGUGCAUGGAACGAUCACAGGAGUCGACAUGCAAAUGAAUACACAUCUGAAAACCGUCAAGAUGACUGCACGGAAUCGGGACCCUACAUCCCUUGAUACCCUCUCGAUCCGAGGGAAUAAUAUCCGCUACUUCAUGCUCCCCGAUGCUCUCCCAUUAGACACCCUCCUCGUGGACGACGCACCAAAGCCGAAGGCGAGGAAGAAGGACGACACACGCGGCCGGGGUCGCGGAAGAGGGAUAGAUCGCGGCCGCCCGAGGGGGAGAGGUCGGGGACGUGGACGCGGUAUAUAGGGGUUGGCAUCGUCCGCAAACGCGGUCAUCUAUGGUCAUGUCGGAUCCUCGCUCGUCCCCGCAAUGUACAUGCAAAAGUCGACCCAUCCGGUCAGCCUGUAUUAGCUACAUUUUGUCAGUAUACUCGUUUUAUCUGUCAUCUUUUCCUUUCCCACCUGUACGUUCAUACCACCGUGUCGUGUGCCC